AUGAGUAGCGGCACCGGACGAGUAGUGUGUGUCACCGGCGCUUCCGGUUACAUCGCUUCUUGGAUCGUCAAAUUUCUUCUCCAUCGCGGUUACACUGUUAAAGCCAGCGUUCGCGACCCAGGUGAUCCCAAAAAGAUAAAUCACUUGCUUAACCUUGAUGGUGCCAAGGAGAGAUUGCGUCUCUGCAAGGCGAAUCUUCUAGAGGAAGGUUCAUUUGACUCUGUUGUUCAAGGUUGUGACGCUGUGUUUCACACUGCUUCUCCGUUUUAUCACGAUGUCAAGGACCCGCAGGCUGAAUUGUUGGACCCAGCCGUGAAGGGGACUCUCAAUGUUCUGAAAUCGUGUGUGAACUCGCCGUCGCUGAAACGCGUCGUUUUAACUUCUUCUAUUGCUGCUGUUGCGUACAACGGAAAGCCUCGAACCCCUGAUGUAGUAGUUGACGAGACCUGGUUUUCUGACCCAGGUUUCUGUAGGGAAUCACGGAUGUGGUAUACACUUUCAAAGACUUUGGCUGAAGAUGCUGCUUGGAAAUUUGUAAAAGAAAACAACAUUGAUAUGGUUACAAUUAACCCAGCAAUGGUUAUUGGACCUCUCCUGCAACCUGUCCUUAACACAAGUGCUGCUUCAAUUUUAAAUGUAGUUAAUGGUGCGCAAACAUUUCAAAAUGCAUCUUUUGGAUGGGUCAAUGUGAAAGAUGUUGCAAAUGCCCACAUUCUAGCAUAUGAGAGUGCUUCAGCUAAUGGAAGAUAUUGUUUGGUUGAGAGAGUGGCACACUACUCAGACAUUGUGAAAAGUUUACGUGAUCUGUACCCAACAUUACAACUUCCAGAGAAGUGUGCAGAUGAUAAGCCAUAUGUGCCAACAUAUCAGGUUUCCAAAGAAAAAGCAAAGAGCUUAGGGAUUGAAUUUAUUCCUUUGGAAGUGAGCCUCAAAGAGACUGUGGAAAGCCUUAGGGAAAAGAAAUUUGCCAAAUUUUAA